AUGUCUCAACCUUUACCGUACGGAGGCUUUCGAUGGAUCGACGAACACGAGGCGUCCAAGUUCGAUGUAAAUUCUAUUCCCACGGACGGGCCCGGGGGGUACAUUCUAGAAGUAGAUUUAGAGUAUCCCCGUGACCUUCAUGAUUCGCACACCGAUCUUCCGCUGUGUCCCGUGCGCGAGAAACCGCCAGAUAAACGAGACGAGAAAUUGCUUGCCACGGUAUGUGAUAAAGAGCGCUACGUCAUACAUUACUGGAACCUGCAGCAAUGCCUACGGCACGGACUUCGCUUGAAAAAAAUUUAUCGCUUUCUAAGAUUCGAUCAGUCUCCAUGGUUGCGCAGCUACAUCGAACUGAAUACAAUGUUGCGAACGCAAGCUACAAACGAGUUUGCUAAGAAUUUGUUUAAAUUAAUGAACAACGCUGUAUUCGGUAAAACGAUGGAAAAUGUGCGUAAUCAUGUAGAUGUGAAAUUAGUUACACGUUGGGAUGGUCGAUACGGAGCGAAAGCCCUUAUUUCCAAACCGAAUUUUCAUAGUUCUAGCAUUUUUGAUGAAAAUUUAGUAGCAAUAGAAUUGCGUAAAUUGAGAGUUAAAUUCGAAAAACCCGUGUACGUAGGUAUGUGUAUUUUGGACAUAUCAAAAACAUGUUUGUAUAGUUUCCAUUAUGAUUACAUGCUUCCAAAUUUUGGUCAGAAAUGUAAAGUUUUGUAUACAGACACAGAUAGUUUAAUUUGCGAGCUCGAGUGUGAAAACAUGUAUAGUAUUACAAAACGCGAUAUAGCUAGAUUCGAUACGAGCGAUUACGCCGAAGGUAACGUGUACGGUAUGCCUCCCGCCAACAAGAAAGUGCCAGGUCUGAUGAAGGAUGAGAAUAACGGUAUGAUAAUGACAGAAUGCGUGGGACUGAGAGCAAAGAUGUACACUACUCGCGUGCUUGACAAGGAUGAUGUGAAAAAAAUUAAGGGAAUAAAAAAAAAUAUUACAGUAGACAAAAUAACUUUUGAUGACUACAUACAGUCUUUGAAAAAUCAUACAGAAACAACAAUUAGACAAAACUGCAUUCGAUCAAAAUUACAUAACGUGUAUUCGAUUAGCGAACAAAAAAUUGCUCUUAGUCCACACGAUGAUAAGAAAUGUGUGUUGACGAAUGGUGUAAAUACCUUGCCGUGGGGGCACUACUGUAUUGCGGAAGAAAAUGAUGAUGACGUCGAAAUGAUGUAA